AGGUAAUCCACUGACCGCUGCAGCUAGCCCAUUUACCGUCUCACUUGGAACCCACCGGUCCAAGGCACCACACGGGCCACGGCGGUCGGCCCGCACUCGUCAACUUGAAAUGGGAAACACGGCGACAUCUGGGUGGUGAGGUCCGUCGACGUUGCGCCUCGUCUGACAAUUUGUGUCACUAAAAUUUGCGGGCUUCUUCCCUACGCCUCAUCAACUUCUCUAUUUUCUCAUUACGAUGUGGUGGCCUCACUAUUUUUGCCUGGGUUCCUUUCCAGUUUGAGGGCGAUAUACUGCGCGGGGACUCUGCUUCUCUUGAUAGCUUUAACGCGCGAUUUGCGUAGGCGUCUGGGACGUCGAAGAUUAAAAGCGAUACUUAAUAAGUUGUACCUCGAUUGGUGCAGCAGUGGCGUGUCAGUCCGAUUUUGGUGUCCGAACUGAGUGAGUCGGCAUCCGGUUGGUCAGAUAUCGAAGCAGUCGUCGGGGUAAAAUCCCCUCGCUGACCGCGCACGUCUGGUUGCACGCUUUUUUGUCACCGUGUGCCCGUCUUCAGGUUGAUGAAGUCUUCCUAAGAUUGGAAAGCGUUCACAUGGGAACUGGCGCCUCGAAAGUUCCAUAUCUUUUAUAGAAACGUGGGGUCGCGAAAGCAGGGGUAUCCGAAAUUUGUAGUCAGCCCCCUGUGAUCCUGAAUGUCUUCGGUUGCAACAGGUGUACGUGGAUAACAUGAUAUGAGGCUUGUGAAUCAUGAAGUGUCAUCUGUAGGUGCUUCAACCCAUUGCUGUGAUUGUAUUCAAUGCGGCAUGGUUUUUGGGAACCCUGACGCGACGCCGCCUUACGGACACCAGGCCUCCCUAAACAAAAUAGCAUUACGGGGCUUUCGUCCUCGACAUUAGCAGCACCGCCAAGAGCGCUUUGGUACCGAAACAAUCGAAUCGGCAGGAUUUAAGCUCUUUCGUGUGAAUGGAUCUCCUCGUGAGCUGCCCUGAAAAUACGUGAGUGACUUCAUUACGUGGGUGGCAGCGGCCAGACCCGGUUUCCGCUUCGAACGGCGGUCAAAAAACAAAAAAAUCAACUCGAAAGCUGCUACACACUCAGGGUUCUGGGUAUGGAGGAGCGACGACUCUUGAAGGGGAAUUCACAAACCCCGCUUAAGGCCUCGGAUACUCAGUCAACUGAGAAUGAGUUGCCUCUGCCGAAAAACCUUGGCGGUAGUUCUGUGCACGGUCGCCAAAGUGCGACGACCGACGCGGCGACACAUGCCCCGAGUAUAGCAAGCGUGAAUAGCAAAGCCGAAUCUGCAGAACCAUCGCAGUGCUCUCCAAGUGGCGACGCGCCUUCCGAGCUAAAAUCGAUUUUGGUCAAUCGCCAGCUGAAGCCACGUGACGCAGAUGAGGAUGCUGACACUGGGAAGGGUCCGUGCUUCGGGCCCACUCAGUCUCAAUUCUUUGGAACUGGUCACUCUCAGUCCAGCUGUUGGGAGCGGUUUACGGAUUUUAUGAUGCCCCUCUGGGAAAACGAAGUUAACUUCGUCCUUAAGGAGGAAUGUGACAAGCAAGCAUUUGCAGACCGGGACCCGCGGCCUAUUAGAUCAAAGCCCAAGUUUUUGUCCCAAACAAUAAAAGCGCAGGAAACGGAGGCAACAACGGUGAAAAGUGUUACUUCUGUCGUGUCCGCGUCUUCAUGUGCCACACGAGCCGGACAGAUGAAGCGUCGACCACUGCGGACGAGCCUGAAUUUUUGGGGUCUUACAUUUUUGGACAAGAAGAUUGAGGAAGAAUUCGAGUUUAAUAAUACUCGAGUGUUCAAAUAUAGGAACGCGUUCACAGGUGUUGUGUGUUUUGCCAUCGUCGCGCUUGACUAUUUGCUAUUCCUAUUGGCUGCAAAUUCCACCGUGUAUCUAUCUGGAGCUCCUGUAGCUCUCAUUGGCUUUCAUCUCAUAUUCAGUUUGUCCUUCGUAUGCAUUUUCUGUUUCGUAUUCAUCUACAAAUUGCCGUUUUUCCGGACGCGACAGGAACAAACGAGUUACAUGAUCGUCAGCAUGGCAUACAUAACUGUAUUCAUUAUUGUUUUAGCUACCAAAAUCCAGCUGUACUGGGGGGAUGCGUGGGAGAGACUGGGCAAGGACUUCCUGACUGCCAGUCUGGUUUUCUACAAGGACCCCGAUUAUUCACCGAAAAAGGAUGUCAACGACCCCCGUUUCGCGGCCUUUGUCGUCCUGAAUGAGAUACUUCUCAGCAGCGUCGUGGAUGGUUACUACUACGUCGUAACUCUCCUGUUCACUGCCAUAUUGCCUUCGCGGAAUCGUUUUAUUGCAGUACACCAAACAAUCAUUGUCCUUCUGAACUGCAUCGUCACCCUUGUGGGCGUGGGCAGAUACACAGCGCUGAUUUUCCCCGCGUUAUAUCGAAUUACCACGAUGGUAAACGCAUACAUACUCGGUCUGUCGGGUGAAUUCUUGGCUGAGGUACAGCGGCGCGGCCUCUUCUACGAGUGGUAUAUGAUGAGGAAAAAACUGAACCAGAUCCACCAAGAGAGAAAGAAGGCUCAGAAGAAGCAUGCAACUAGCGGACUGGAUGAUUUGCGGACGUCGUUUAACGAGAUUCGAAGCGUUCUUAUACAAGCCAAGAUGAGAUGCAAGGAAUAUGAUGUGACCUCAGAGGUCAGCCAAGCUCUCGAGCUUGUAGAGGAAGCCAUGAAGCUCCUUACGAAUUCGUGGAACCUCUACACGGUCCAGAUGGACGACACCCUAAAAAAAGAGGAGUUCAUUAAGGCCAUGGAUGUAGAGCCUAGAGUCAAAAGAAUAUGUCUUGUCUCUGGGCCUCAAGGGUCAAUUCGGACUGCAGUGAGGAGCAUGGUCGAGAAGGCUGAACAUGGUUCGUCCUCAUUCGACGACAGAGUUGCUGCCCCGAAAGUUUCGCUGGAACUUCCAAAGGUGACCAGCCUGUUGGCGACCAAAUACGCGGUCGAUCUUCUUCCGGUAGUUGGCAUCGACAUCAGCUACAACAUUCUGGAGUUCAGUAAAAAAUGUCCAGAUACGGUUCUUCAAGAGGUCGGCUACGUCUUGCUGAAUCGAAUCGUCUGCGACUGGGGCUGCGAGGAUAAAGUUCUUUGCGAGUUCCUGUACAUGGUCAAAACUCUCUAUCGAGAAAACUCCUAUCACAACCAAAUUCACGGCGCAAUGGUUGCCCAUUAUAUGGUUUGUCUUCUUCGAGGUCUGGGAAUCAACCGCGAAAUGAACUCUCUUUCCACAGCAGCCUGUGCUGUCGCUGCCCUCUGUCACGACAUCGGGCACCCGGGUAGAAAUAACAACUUCUUUGUCGCCUCGGGAGCUCCCCUGGCGGUGCUAUACAACGACAAGGCAGUGCUGGAGAACUUCCAUUCUGCUCUUACCUUCCGUGUCCUCGGCAGACACGACUGCAACGUGUUCGCGUAUCUUUCGGAUGAGGAAUUCAAACAUGUUCGAGCAAACAUGAUCGACUUGAUCCUCGCAACGGACAUGAAAACUCAUUUCGACUUCCUUAGUCGCUUUAGGAACAGGCGCCAGGCACCAGGUUUCAACUUCCACAAAGUCGCUGAAGAUCAAUGGCUCGCUGCGGAGAUCUGCAUUCGAGCGUCCGAUCUAGGGCAUGCGAUGACUGAAUGGGACCAACACUUUGAGUGGGCCUCACGAGUUGUCACCGAAUUUUAUCUCCAGGGUGAAGAGGAACGCCGCCUGGGUUUGCAUGUCUCGCCUCUUUGUGACCGAGAUGAUCAUCCGUCGUUUUCCAAGUGCCAACACGGCUUCCUCGGCUACGUCGUCAAGCCACUCAUUGCUGAACUGGGCGAAUGCGACACCCUCCAAAGGAUAAUACCGCAGCUGAUGCAGAACCUCAAAGAGAACAUGGAACGAUGGGAGGCAUUUACGAACGAGGGCGUCAAUGUGGUUUUGUCUUCUGCUGCGCUGGCGUAUGAUAUCAAGGGACAAGGCGUUGACGUUGACGUUGACGUUAAUGUCCUUACUGCGAAAGAUAUUCUAGCGCAGAGUAGCGACAGUGUUAGUGAUUUGAAACAUCAGAGGCGUUCAACAUCAGAACGACGUGACUCAGCCAUGCAAAGCAACUCAACAGUAGGGGCGCCCGCCCCUGGUUCAGAGGCGGUCUUCGCCAAUCGCAGCUCGAAGCUACAGGAGACGCUUAUUCAGCAACAGCGCGACUUUGAGAUCCAGCAGCAGAACUUGAUGAAGCAAAUCGUCGAACUAAAGGAACAGAAUGCGUUCGUGAAAGCGGAACUAGAACGCCAACGAGCUCAAGUGACGAGACAGUAUUCAGGAAUGGAUCGCCAGGACAAGGGCCUAAGCUUGGUGGAGGGACACGACAAUGAGAAGCAUCAUCAUGCUUCCUCCCAGUCGAGCGCGUUGAAGAAAGCUUCGCAGAAUAGCGGGACUACCCUUGAGUGUUUUACAUCGAAUAGUCUUUUCGAUGGGCUUAAUCGGUCCUGAUGUGGCGAGCCAAAGGACAAAGUUGCGGUGCCUGCUGUCGAGCGACGGCCGUGAAUUCUUCUGGUGCCAUCAGACCAGAGAGGUGAACGUCUAAUGGCUGUCGCGCAGACAAACGCUAGACUACAGUGUCGGGGUGGUCUUGGCCGGAUGACUCCACUCGACGUACAUCUCAAAGUAGUCAGUAUGUCAGGAAACAGGCACUUAGGCGAUGUAUUCUCCCGCUGACCCGGACAGGUUAGUCCCGUCUCCUCGUCGGUCGUUUGUUUGAUCCGCAGCGACAACGACGAGACCAAGCCUUUACAAAUGUUGGGAUCUGCAUCCAGUAUGAAAUAGACGAAACCCAAGCCAUAUUCCGGAACCUCUGCACUUCAGGAUACUGUCCUGAAGUUUCGCCGGGAACCUGGACUGCGGUGUGGCCUUUGUCUGGAUCUCGGAUCGUGUUGUUUCUUGCUGACCAAAGGUUGCUCGUGACAACGCGGAGUGACUCCGUGGCGUUUCCAAGGUCAGCUGGACACGCAACGUGGGCUCGAGAGUCCAGGGGCCCUGGGGAACUGCUAGGGGCUGUUUUGUUCCAUAUAUUCUCUUUUGGCUCCUACUUUGCUAAAUUCGCCGUAUGCAUUCGUCUACCUGGGAAUUCUUAACCGAUGCAGAUGUAUCGAGAAUACACUUGGUGACAGUCGAGGCCUGCAUUCGCGGGGAUCCAACUGGGGGUGCAGAGCGACCUUCGCUUUGCAAGCCUUCUGCCUCGCGCUUGCUGACGGCCUAAUGAUAUUUUUGCAAACUGUCUACAAAGACACAGGCAAAAUGAAACGCCUUCAUUCGACGCCACGAGCCGAACGAGCGCUUGACAGUGUUGUGUGUCCGUUCUGUGAAGGUUGACUGUGUUGGAGAACAGCCUGCCUACGUCUCCAGAUGCAGUUGUGUUUCUUCCGCAGAGAUCUUUGCGCUUCGUUCCAGGUACCCUAAACCUUGGGAACGGCGAAGACACAAAAUUUCAAAGCCGUACUGGAAUCUCGCCGAGCAAGGACACAAAAGCUGGAUGGUGUUCGGAGUGCGCGUUAUCGCAGCGGAAAAGCGCUGUGUGAACGAUUUGUAAUUAUCCCGAUUUUAUUUCACUUUGUCGCACGUGGAUUAUUAGUGGAAGGCGACAAGGUGGUAGGGCGCAGUGGGAGGAGCGCACGGACCGAAAUGAUCAACAUGAGUGGAAAAUGAUAUCGUUAAGACCACUGGUGUAAAAACAUCAGGCUACGCUUGUCUCAUCGGCUCUUCUCUCGUGACUCAGCCCAUUAUGCUUUGACCAAAAACAUAUCGUCAUUCCCGUCCGUAAAUGGUCGUGCAAUAUUCGUGGUUUUUGGCAACCUAAAAGCGUCCAUUUUUUUUUCGUCAUGUUGACCGUGUGUAACAUGUGUAAUCUAUCCGUUUCCAAAGACGGCGGGUCAAAGGCAAAUGUGAAAGAAAAUCCAGGAAUCAGCGGUGUCGACGGUGCAAAUUAACCUUCGUGGCACUGUUAUUCCUUCCCUGAAAGUGGUGCUCCAGAAACAAGAACAAGGUCUCCCAAUGUUAUAGUAAGUCCAUUGCUGUGUGUACAACGGUCGAGAACAGUUACAUAUUCCCUCGUGUGCAAACGCGAAGGACACCUAAAUCAUAACCCUAAUCGUGUGGA